CUGACAGCUUCAUGUAUAUAUACAACUUUAAAACAAGACAUCAGCUAGUUGUCAGAAUGUCCGAGUCUGGUUUCAGGGCCUGAGGAAAUCUUAAAUAUGUUCUGUAUGAUGUCAAACUUUAUUUGCAUAUUCGAAUAAUUUUAGGGAUUGCACUGUGAUCAAAUUCAGACUGGAAUUUUUAUUACAUUCAUUCUGUUACAUUCAAAUUAUUUUUAAAUGGAAGGGCUUUUUUGUGUGUAAGUGACUUAGGAUGCCUAGUAACAGUCUGCACACUUACUGUAUAUGUAAUGAAAUUUUAACUGUGCUCUAUUUAUAUCCUCGCCACAAUUAACUUUUUUUAUAGCAGCUUCAUAUUGUAAUUGCAGCUCACAUCAAAUAUAUACUGAAAUCAUAACUGUGCUCCAUUAAUAUCCUCACCAAAAUUAACCUUUCUCUUAUUGCAGCAUAAUAUCGAAGCUCAGUCUUUUUCAGUUUAAACAUGUUACAUAACAACCAUAAAGACUAAUUGGUCUGUGAACCUGGUAGCUGAAGGAAGGUGUGUCACCAUAGGGUGUGGAUGCUCCUAUGGAGCCAAAGUUUGACCUCAACCUCCAGCAGGUGACCUUUGAUGAGGGUGAUCUUUCACCUUCCGGUGAACUAGACUCUUUCAGCAACAUUGUCCACUAUGACUCGCACUUCUCUGUAGGUGGCACCACCUCUGUUACUACGUCUGCUCACACCUACGCACAAUCAGUCACCAACAAAGAAGACAGACAGAACAACUUUGUAAGUCGCUCCCGGGCAGUUCCUCAGCCAAGUCGUUUGAAGAGCUCCCAAGUCUACUGCGAGUCUGUGUGUUCCUCACAUGCGGAGGACGACUUGCAUGCACUGAUCAACCCUGACGACGGCUACGUCACACGUAAAAGCUUUUCUAAAGUGAUUCCCACAGACAUAAGGACAUUGUUCCAGGUUUCUGCCAACACUACAUCCAUACGAAAGAAAAAAAUCACCAAAUUAAGAAAGCCAUUCAUAAUGUCUGCUCCUGCUUCUGGGGUUACCGACCCCUCCCUCCCAGAGAAGGAUGGGGCUCAGGCAUUCGAAAGUGUGGCUGAAGCCUUGCACCUCCAGUGGUCUGUCAUAGGUGACAAGAAACUGACUCCUGCUUCACCUGAAGUUGUUGCACAGAUUGUGGCUGAGGCUGAGAAAAAAAUGAAAGCACAGAAUCAAGGAAAGGAACCGGCUGCUGUUUCCGAGGUGAGCAUGUCAGCCUCAGGACCAAUAGUCACACCCUCCGUCUCACCAAGCUAUUAUGAAAAUACAUCAAACAACUGUACCUCGUAUCCACAGAGUGCCACCGCAGCAAACAUUCCAUACAAGACAUCUGUGUCACAGUAUCAAAGUCAAAACCAAGUAAUAUCUAAAACGGAGACAAAUCCAAACUCACAAGUUGUUAGUUCAACGCCAUCACCAGCUCCAAUUAAGAAAGAUGGCAGUCAGAAGGAAGAAACUUCAUCAGGGGAGAUAACUCCAACAAAACUUCAGGUAACGUCUCGUUCUCCAGAACUCAUUCAGAUACCAGCUGGUAGUAUCACAACAGUGAAGGAGAAGACGUCAUGGUUCAGUGGAUCUAGCCGUGCACCUCAGUCUGUCCCUGCCAAGGAGAAAUCUAUGCCUGAGGGCAGGGAUAGUUACUCCCUAGGGGGUGAAGACAGUGAGAGUGAGGUAGGCUCCGGGGUAGGGGACAGGGACGAAAGUGUUUCUAGUGCUACAAGUGAACUUGACAAUUUAAUUCAAAGUGACACAGACAGUUUUCUCAAAUCUCUUCCACCUGUAAAGCAAGUGGACUUAAGUAUGUUCACAUCAAAACCUCAUGUUGUACGUAGUUAUUCGCCCCCCGUGAAGGAGACCUCUUUCCGUCCCCCUCAGACUAACACUGCUGCUAGCAUGACCUCUGUAACUUCAGAGGCUGACAGAUCCAUAGCUUCACCUCAGAGUUCCAGUGGUGGACACCCAACAUCAUCAUUCAGUGAUUCAGGAAUCCCUGGGUUAGACACGGAACCCACACAAACAGAAUUUCAACCUUCAAAGCUGUUGUCAAGUACACCAAACAAACCUAGUCUGGUCAUUCCUCAGACCGGACCUUUGUUUAAACAACUGCACAAAAUGUUGCCAAGACAACCUGUUGCUGAAACUCCUGGAAUCAAAUCAGGUGGACAACAGCUUGAUGUUGUCUUAAGAGAGAAAGCAAAACUUGAAGGACAGCUGGAGAUGUUGUCUGAAGAAGCAAAUGCAACUCGCCAAGAGCGGGCAGAACUACAGGCCAAACUUGCCUCUUUGAAACUACAACUGGAGACAAAUCGCCAGACAGCCAGUGACGCCCAGUGUGAAAGUCUGAAAUUAGAGCUUGAAAAGAUACAAAGGUCAAAACAUCUUUUAGAACAGUCGUUGGGUUCAGCUCAUAAGUUUCUUGAAGAGAAAAAUUCUGAGUUUACAAUACAACAUGAGGAACUCCGAAUGUCUCAGGAGUCAAAUGACAAACUUCAAAUCAGGAUGAAAGAAAUUCGGGAUGAUGUACGCGCAAAAGAAAUGACAAUUCAAGCUCUGAAAAAUAAAAUUGCUGAACUAUAUGUUGAGGUUCAAACGGUUCUACAGGCAAAAAUGGAGUCUGAAAAUGAUGCUAGGACAUCGAAAAAUGAUCUUGUAGCUUUGAUCAACACCAAGGACUGGUACCAGCAGCAACUGAAGGCGGCACAGGUUGCCAGGACGACGUUACAACAUGAACUGACCACGCUUCAAGCACAGGUUACCUCACAAGGCAGCAUCAUUGAACGUCUCCGCACGGAAAACACCAAGCUUCGCCAACAGACAAAAGACAUACAGCAGAAAGCUCUGAAGGAUAAAGAGAUGUUGGCCAAGCAUCUGGAGAACAUUGAGUCAGAUAUGAUGCACAGAGAAGCUGCAUUCCAGGAAAUUCAGCGUGAACGAGUUCUGAUGGAGGACACGUUUGAUACGAAGUUACAAUCAGUGGAGCAGGAACGUUCUAGGGCACAUACACUGAUGCAUAUGACUUCUGAACUGGAGAACCAUCUUGACAAGGCACAGGAAGACCUAAAGAGAAAACAGUCUCAAAUUCUCACUUUGGAAAAUGAGCAAAUUGAUCUGAUGAAAAAAUUGGCUUUGUCGCAGGAAUGUGUGAUCGAAAGGGACCUUGCUGUUGAGGAACUGCAACAGAAGUUGAUAGAAGUGGAAAGUGCCUUGAAGGCUUUCCAGUCAAGUCUCAGUGAGAAGGAAUCAGAGAUCUGGAAACUAAAGGAAGAAAAAGCUGCUGUAGAGAUUUCUCUUCAGGCAGCUAAGGAGGAGAAACAAUCUGUGGAUAAUGCUCUUGCUAGUCUAAAAGGAAAUAUGGGAAAAGUCGAAAAGAAUUUCCGCCACAUGAAGCAGGAAUUAGGAAAUAGGACAAUAGAAUACAAUGAACAGAAGAAGGAAACGGCUGCACUCCAAGAAGAGCUAAUAAUUGUAAGGGAGAAUUUGGAGAAGGAAAAGAAAGGCAAUCAUGCUGUAGAUAGAGAGAAGGAAGAACACCAGCUGGUUGUGGAUGAGAUGAGAACACAGAAAGUGCAUCUCGAAGAAGAAGUGAAGUUUCUUAAUACAGAGUUAGAGGCGUUGAAGGGUACUGGAAUAGAAAAGGAGAGGAACGUUGAGCGUUUGGAGGCAGAACUUCUUAACACAAAUCAGAAACUUUCUCAGAUGGAAGAGGAUCUCGGAGAGGACAAGUCAUCUCCGGCUUUAGAGGAGCUUCAGAACGAAAACACAGAAUUGAAAAACAUGAUGAAAAAGUCAGAUAAACAGCAUCAGAAAGAUUUGACAAAGCAAAAAGCUAAAGUUGCCAAACUCAAUGUAGACCUUAAGUCACUUCAAAGUGAACUUGCCCAAAGACAAAGUGUAUUGGAGUCAAAUAUUGAACUGUUGACUGGUAAACUACGAGAGAUGACCUUAGAGAAGGAACAAAUGGAGACAGAACUGUCGAUGGCAAACAGGAAGUAUGAUCUGAGCAUGCUCCAACAACAGGACCAGCUGAAGACUGAAUUACAGUGUAUAGCAGCAGAACUGGAAAACACAAAACUCCAGAAACAAACCCUUGAGAAUGACUUAAAGGAACUUCAGCGGGUGAAGCAGUUGGAAGUUCAAGAGUACAGUCAGCAGUUGGCUGCUCUUGAGAAAGAAAUUGCUCGUGUUCAGGAGUUACAGGUAGAUUCAGAGGGCCUUCAGCGGGAUAACCAGAACCUGUCCCUGGAUCUGGAGAAGGAAAAGGGACGAGUGGCAGGUUUGAUGCAGACCAAUACUGCUUUAAAGGAUCACAUCUCGCAGCUUGAGGAUGCUUUGGCUGGGCGUGAAUCUGCACUUGUUGACCUCCAAAAUCUGACCCGCGGGGAGGUGCAGGAUCGUGAGAAGGAGGAAGCGGAACAUAACCGUGUGGUCCAGGAUUUAGAAAAUAAAUUAAAACAGGAGAAAGAUUCACAGAGAGAACUUAGAAAGCAGAUUGGCACCAAGAUUUCUGAAAAUAAGAAAUUAAAGCGCCACCUUGAUUCAGUGAAGACAGACAGAGAUAGUGUCCAGCAGGAUCUUGACCACCGGUCAAACGAAUUGGCGAAUUUACGUAGUGAGCUGGACAACAGCAAGCAACUACAGGCUGUACAGAGCAGUCAGAUCAGUACAUUGGAUGCAGAGAACAAGUCACUUGCCCACCAACUGGACAGGGUUAAGCAGGAACUGACCGACAAUCUCGCACGGGAACCAAUCAUACAAGAACAGAUGACCAGUCUACAAUGGCAGUUAGAACAAAAGUCACGCGAAGUGGAGGCUCUCACAGGUCAAAGGUCAUUAGCGGAACAAAGGCAGGGUAUCGAGAUCGAAGACCUUCAGAAAACUGUUCAGAAUCAGCAAACAGAGCUGGAGAAUUUGAGACAGGAGCUAGUUGUAGCCAGGAAGGAGAAAUCUGUAUCUCAGUCUGAGAUGUCACAGUUACGAGCCACUCUGAAGGCCUCGGUACAACAUCACAAGUUAACACGGAAGCUGAAUGAGGGAACAAGCCAGGAAGAGGGAGGUGGUAUGCGUGACACUGGAACACAGGUAGAAAGUCACGACCUGCCCAUGAUUCCACCUCUGCCGUUCGACCUGGAAAAUGUGGAGAAGUUAUUACAGGAUUCCACAGUCAAGGCACUGGAGAGCAAACCAUUGGACAAUCUCCAGACAUGUCUGAGUUCUUUGAGAUCAGAGAUCACAGGGCUUCAGAAGCAGAUGGAUGAACAUAUUAGCACCGUAGAAACUUCUACGCAGUCCUGGAGUUCAGUGGAGGACCAGGUGAAUGAGUUACGGAGAAUGGUGAAAAAAACCAUCAACAGUACAACUGUGAUGACCAAUGGUCAAGGGAUGGACUCUCUGGCUGGGGCAAGUGUGGCUGGAGUGAUUGACAUCUAACCACAUAGUUGUUAUGGAAACAAUGAGCAACAGAUUUUCUACCUAAUACUGCCACAGAUUUUGUUUGUUUACCAUGGAAACUUGAUAAUCUGAACAAUAAUGUAAAGGAAAUUUACAGCUUUCCUACUAAAGGAAGAUUUUCAAAUGAUGGUGAAAAUUCUUGAUCUUUGUGAUAGAACACAUCAUGAAAAAUCAGGAUGGAAUCAAUAUCCUUUCUCUUGUUUUCAUUUAAACAGUGUGGAUAAUUCUUUCUUCUAGUACAUAUUUUUAUCAAAUGUUGUGACACUGCUGCUCCAAUUGCAAAACAUUAUGAUUUGUUUUAUUUUUAUAAUUUCUGUCAAAUCUGUUAUUUUUGAAUGUAAAGACACUCCAGGUAAAUAUAAAACUAACCAUUAGGUUAUAGAUUUACCAGGUAAGUGAAUAUUCUGGAGUUAUCAACUCUUAAUGUUUUUCUCAUUAUUCCAAGGCAAUGUUUCUGUGUUUUAUCUUUGAUGUUUUCCAUUUAGAAUGCAUCAUUCUAUAUUAUGCAGUACAUUACAUACAUGUACAUAUUAUUUGCCUCUCAUUGACAACCAUUUUAUAAACAAGAUCAUCACCUCUGUGUUUCAAUGAGAGAAAAAUUGUAUUUAUGUGUAUAUUGACCAUUUAUUCAAUCAUAACUGUUUGUGAUUUUCAUCUAAACAAUUACUGCCUUAUAGGGAAAUAUUUCAACCAUAUCACCUUGUCUUUUUAUAUGAGAUUUUCUUUCCUUUGAUCUGGUCUAAUUCAUUGUUAUCUGGAGGGAAGAGAAGGUUAUAUAUUACUGAACCACCUUAAGUAUUGUAUGUCUGGGUAUAAUGUAUUGGUGAUGCUUAUUUUUUUAACUGUUUUAUUGUAUUGUUGCUAAUGAACGAUUGUUUUGUUUGUGUUGGGGACAUUUUAACCAAGAUUUCCAGUUUUUUUUACUGUGCCAAUCAGAUAUUGUCAUUAAUGGCCAAAAUAUGUUAGGUAUACAAUGUAGUGACUGUUGUACUUCAAACCUACACUGCCUUCGAACUAGGUUUGUUUGUUGUGUUAUGAAAUUAACAUUAUGUUUAUUUAUUUCUGUUUAUAUGGUGUCCUACGUGUACAUAAUUAUAUGUUUUCAAGUCAUAUCAGUAUAACUGAAUUUUAAUACCAACUUCUCAAAAUUUAAACAGGGAUUGCUUUUUUUUAAGUUUAGAAAGAAGUCAGAUUUAUACAUAAUUAUUUAAUUUCUUGUAGUUUUUUCUUAACACAAAGUCCUGUUUCAUAGAAGAAAAAAUAUAAUAUUGAUAAUAAAUAUUCAUAUUUAUUUUUUCGUUGUGAUGUUCCUUAAAGCAAGUGUAUUUAUAACCAAGUCACCACUAGUUUGUCUGAUAUUUCCAGCCUAUUUUUCCAUUAACAGAUGGUACUUCUUAGAUUUAAAGUAAAAUAAAUGAUGUCAAGUUAAGAUGCUAAACAUUUGUUAAUAGCAGAAAGACAUAGAUUUGUUGAUAGCAGAGAGACAGAGAUUUGUUGAUAGUAGGCAGAAAAAUGAAUUUUUCCAUCAUUGCAAUUUCAUUAUUAUAAGAUUCAUAAGAUAUCUCCCGAAUUUCCGAUUUUAGCCAGAGAGAGAUAUAUGUGUACAGAAAGAGUAGAUAAAAUACAAAGUGGAUCGCCAUACAGUUAAAGAUUAUCAUCAUAGAUACUAAAAUGAUACAUAAAGUCUUAGAAGCUACAAUGAAUCAAACAUUGUGUGCACUUAAUACUUUUUAAUCAAAUUAAUAUACAGAUACAUGAAUGUUUUAGGAUGUGAAUCCAAGACUUAUAGAAACUUACUUUUUCUUUCUACCCGAGUAUCAUUUUAAGACACUCAGAAUUAUUGGGCUUGGGCUUGUUUGUGCCUAGAAUUGUUUGUUUGUGCUUAAAUUGUUUGUUUGCUCUUAGUUUUUUUUAUAUUGAGAAAUGCUUGUGCUGUGCCUGUUGUGAUGUCUAUCCAAUGUUUUUCAUUGAAAUUUUGCAAUAAUUUGUUGAUUCCGUUUCUGGAAUAGUUCAGUUUUGUGUAUGAUGGCUCAGUCAUACCUGAUAUAUUUAUUUUGAUCUGUCUGUCAAACUGCGGUGAACAGACUUAAAGUUGAUCUGAACUUUAUGAUUAUAUGGUGCAGUUUACUACACCCCAAGUGUUGACUGUUGGAUUGUUUUGAAAAUAUUUUGUUUUCUUACCAAAAAAUGAUAAACUGCAACAUUUAUGAUUAUUAUUAUUAAUGAUAAAAUCUCAAUUGAUAUGAAUGUUUGUGUAUAAAAUACCUUGUUGUUAAAUUGAGAAUAUAUACAUUGUAUACAUCUUUUCAUAAGAGUUCAAAAUGAUGCAAUUGAUAUUUUAAUUGUAAGAGUAUAAAAGUAAUGAUAAUGAUUUUGAAAGGUAAACAAAAAAUGAUGACAGAUCUGAAAUACACAAGAAAUGAUGACAUGUUUGAAAGGUACACCAGAAAUGAAGACACUCUUGCAAAGUACACAAGAUUUCAAUUUCUUAUUUCAAAUGGUGACAUAUUUAUUGCCUUAUUUUGAAAUUUCAACAGAAACAGUUUCACAAAUAGUUUCACAUUUGAAAGGUCUACAGAAGAAUUGAUGAUUCAAAGGUUCACGAGAAUGAACAGGUGUAUUUAAUGUACAAUGUACAUUAUAUAAAUUGUCGGUGUAAUAUCAUAUUUUAUCCACAAGAAGUGUAGAUUGACAAAGUGGUCUAAAGAACAACUAAGGAUAUCUUUUGCUAAAACUUGCCAUUUCUGAGCUAAUCUCUACAAGGCCAACAUGUUUUCUGAAAAUUUGAAAUACCGAGAUUUCUUUAUCUGCAUUGGUUCUUUCUGUGUAUGUACAUGUACUGACUUAAGAUUUUUUGUCCUAUUGAACUCCAACUAUAUACAGUGUGACCUCACCAAAAUCAUUUUCCUGGGAUUUCGGGUCAGGUCUGAAGGUCACAGAUCAAGGUUACUAUGACUACACAAUUUAAUAAAAAAAAAUCUUGCACCAAACAUCAAAUUGUUAUACAUGUAAAAGUAAAAAUAUAGGGAUUACUGUCAUACAUACAUUAGUUCUUUUCAUUGGCAAUGGUUUCUGAAAUAUCCGAGAUAUCUGUUAAGGUCUGAUUGUGAAAGCUUAAGGUCACUGCGAUUAUCAACAGAAAUUUUGUUUUCCAUGCCAGUUGCUAUAAUCACUACUGAUUGAUAUACAGAUGGCAUAGGUUCUAUUCCUAUGAUUUUAUUCUUGCAGAGUUAUUGCCCUUUGUUCACGACCUGUCGAAUGGCCAUCAAUUUCUUGUAUACCUUUUCACCCAAAGCUGCCAUAGGAAAGUAUCUCAUGCUGGAAUAUGGUUCCAUGCCCCUUCAUAGACGUUUGACACUAACUAGCUAGUCUGCACUUAAAAUAUUUCAUAUUAUAGUUAUUUCAUUUUAUUUUUUUCAGUUUAAUAACAUUCUUUCCAUGGUAUGAUUUCUUUCAUGAAUUAUAAGAACAUGAGAAAACUGUAAUGUAUUUUACUCAGUCCAUAUUUGUGUCACAUUUCUACAAGCUACCCUUGUGAUUCAUAAUGAUAUGACAUUAAGUGCAAUUUUUAUCUCAAUUAAUUUCUUCGUCAUAGUAACGCACAUUUUAAUCAUCAAAUAAACAUUUAUGAUACUUCAAAUUUUUUGUUGUUGUAGAAAUGGUGCCAUUCUGAUGUUGUGUGAUAUUUUAUGAGGUUGCCUCAUUAUUGUCAAAGUUUUAUUUUACAUUAUUUAAUUACAGCCUUGGAAUGAGUGAAUGUGUAUGAUACAGCUUGAAAAAUCUAAAAUCUAAAUGUUUAAAAGCUACAUAAAACAUCCUUUAUAUUGAUUUAAUUUAUUGGUUUCAACCCUUAAACAUGUCUUUUAUCAUUCACUUUAAAUUUGUUGAUGUUUGAGCUUAAUAUUCUGAUGUUUUUAUCCACUUUUCGAAAUCAAUCUGGCAUUAAUUAUGAAGUUAGUCAAAAGCCAGACCAAUUAAAAAAAAUGAAAGUUAUAUAAGAUUUCAAAAUGAUUUGGACUAAAGUGCUUAUAGUGUUUGAAAACAUUAAUCCUUGUCACAGGUUAUGAAAAUCAUCAUUCUACUAUUUACAGUCAUUUUAUAGAUGAUCUGAGUACAAUAAACAGGUUUUACAUUUGAAGAAAUUUGUAUCCAUGUACAGUGUUUCAGUGAACACUAUCACAUUACACUAGCUGCAAUGACGCCUACAUGUAUAUUCACAAGAUUAUUUUUGGGAUUUCAUACAAUAUUAUUCAUUUGGUAAAUUAUUAGAGUGGUACAAAUAUGUAUUUAUCAAGAGGUCAAUAUUCUACUUUCACUUUACACUGGGUUUAUACAGUCAGAGGAGUUUGUUUUCUAACUAUAAAUUUAGGUAAUAUUUACAUUGUCAUAGGGGUGCUUUUUCCUACUUUCAUUUUACAUUACAUUUAUACUGUUAUGUACUACGAUUUGCAUUUUGUCAAUCAUUGGUUUAUUUUCAUUGUAAGUGUAUAGGGCUGAUUUCAUUGAAGGGUUUCUGUCAUAUCUACUUAUGUAUGUCCGUCACAUAUUUAUUCCAGUUUGUACCAUUUUUUCAGUCAUAAUAAACCAGAUCUAUUGCAAUUUCAUUAAAAAUGUGGGUUGAAAUAAUAAAAAAAAUCUAUGAAAAUA